AUGCGUGAAAAAGGUAUUGACAUUGAUGUGAGCUACAUUAGCUAUUUAUUGUCACACGCAUUCAGUGAACAAAUCUUCUCAAAGGCAUUUAUUCAUGCCGAUCCACAUCCAGGAAAUAUCAUUUGUUGUCGAAAGAGAGGCCUAUGGUCAGACAAUAUUGAAUUGGUGCUCAUUGAUCACGGUCUGUAUCAUCAAUUAGACAAUGAUUUUAGAAUAUUAUAUUGCAGAUUAUGGAAAGCUAUUGUGGAUUACAAUAAGGAGGAAUUGAUUGAAGUUUCUAAACAAUUGGGUCUCACAGACUCGAAAAAUAAGCAAGAUGGACCUCUCAUGUCUGAAUUGUUAAAAGUCAUUCUCACGGCACGAGCUCAUGAUCCCAACGAAGAUCUCUACACAGUUCACACACAAGGCUCUCAACAGAAACAACAAUCGAAAAACAAACUCUUGGCCUACAGUCAACGACACUUUAUGGAUAUUGCUAAAGUGUUGGGAGAUUUGGAUCGUAAAGUUUUGCUCUUACUCAAGUGCAACGAUCUUUUAAGAAGUAUUCAAAUGGAUUUAGGAGUUCCAGUCAAUUAUUUUAUCAUAUUUGCUCAAUAUGCGAUUAAGGCCAUUCAUGAAGACAGACUCACACGUGUCUUUGAGCAACACAGAAAACAAGGACUAUUAAUGUCCUAUUUUAAUUACUGCUUGACCUAUCUCAAAUGCAAGAAGGAGUAUUUAAUCUUUGACGCCAAAUUGAAAUUAUAUCUUCUUGCCACUUCCUUGAUGGGAUUUUAUCAGAAUUUCAAACGAGAAUGGGCAGAAUUGAAAUUUAUUGUGGAGACUUCACGAAAUGCAAGAACAUCGACCACUCACACCUUCUACAAGCUUGAUCCAUCUCAUGACUUGUCAAUUUUACAGAACCCAUUUGCACAUGCUUUGAUUGUUUCACAAUAUGAGGCACAUCAUCACUAA